GGCGGUCUCUGCUUCUCGUGCGCAGUAGGAGAAAUUUACAUGGUCUUACUUUGAAUGUAAUAGCGGAUGUACUGUUUGUAUUCAGCCAUAGCUGACUUGACGGCGCUCGGAGUUGACAGCGGAGGUGCCCAGUGGCAGCCACAGACUGGGAAAAGCCCUCACUCACGAGCACUCACCAAGUCUACAGCGGGUCUCUCUGCUGGUUCCCGACCCAACCCCUAGCAAGACAGGACACUCGGCAAAACAGCGACACGGAGCUUGUUUGCGUUCAACAUGGCCGAUACAAGUUUGAACGACUCGUUCACCGCGAACGUGGCGAAUAGGUUUGCUCGCAAAGGCGCCCUGAGGCAGAAAAACGUCCACGAAGUGAAGAACCACAAGUUUAUAGCCAGGUUCUUCAAACAGCCGACUUUCUGCAGCCACUGCACGGACUUCAUCUGGGGCUUUGGAAAACAAGGAUUUCAGUGCCAAGUGUGCUGUUUUGUGGUCCACAUGAGGUGCCAUGAAUUUGUCACAUUCUCCUGCCCAGGAGCUGAUAAGGGGCCAGACACAGAUGAUCCCAGAACAAAGCAUAAAUUCAAGAUCCACACGUUUGGGAGCCCGACCUUCUGUGACCACUGUGGCUCUCUGCUGUACGGCCUUAUCCACCAGGGCAUGAAGUGUGAUACGUGUGAUAUGAACGUCCACAAUCAGUGCGUCAUGAAUGUGCCCAGCCUUUGCGGGACCGACCACACGGAAAGGAGGGGGCGCCUUUUCCUCAAGUGUGAAGUCAACGGCGAGAAGCUUCAGGUCACGGUUGGUGAAGGCAGGAAUCUGAUACCCAUGGACCCCAAUGGCCUGUCUGAUCCAUAUGUCAAGCUCAAGCUCAUACCUGACCCCAAAAAUAAGACCAAGCAGAAGACCAAAACCAUGCGCUCCAACCUGAACCCCAAAUGGGACGAGACCUUUAUUUUCAAACUGGAACCCACAGACAAGGACCGCAGGCUAUCCGUGGAGGUGUGGGACUGGGAUCGGACAACCAGGAAUGACUUCAUGGGCGCCCUUUCGUUUGGGGUGUCGGAGCUCAUGAAGGCUCCGGCGAGUGGAUGGUUUAAGUUGUUGUGCCAGGAGGAGGGAGAGUAUUACAACGUUCCCAUUUCGGAGGAGGAUGACGGGAAUGAAGAACUGAGACGGAAAUUUGAGAAAGCCAAGCUGGGUCCAGGCAAGAAGGCCACCACAGAGACAGAUGGCAGGCCAUCCAGCCAGCUGCCAUUCAGCAGCUUGAACCACGUCAAACUCAGUGACUUCACCUUCUUGGCUGUACUUGGGAAAGGCAGCUUUGGCAAGGUCAUGCUGGCAGAGAUGAAGGCCACAGAAGAGCUAUAUGCAAUAAAGAUCCUGAAAAAGGAUGUGGUGAUUCAGGACGAUGAUGUUGAAUGUACCAUGGUGGAGAAGAGAGUCCUUGCCCAGCAGGAGAAACCGCCUUUCCUCACGCAGCUACACUCGUGCUUCCAGACCGUGGAUCGUCUGUACUUUGUCAUGGAGUACGUGAAUGGAGGCGACCUCAUGUAUCACAUUCAACAAGUGGGCAAGUUCAAGGAACCGCAAGCAGUGUUCUAUGCAGCAGAGAUUGCUGUUGGUCUCUUCUUCCUUCACCGCAAAGGAGUCAUCUACAGAGAUCUUAAGCUGGACAACGUGAUGCUCGACAGUGAGGGACACAUUAAGAUCGCUGACUUUGGCAUGUGUAAAGAGAACAUGUCAGAUGGAGUGACCACUCGCACCUUCUGUGGCACUCCAGACUACAUCGCCCCUGAGAUUAUUGCAUAUCAGCCAUAUGGACGCUCUGUCGACUGGUGGGCAUAUGGAGUGCUUCUUUAUGAAAUGUUAGCUGGACAGCCUCCUUUUGAUGGAGAGGACGAAGACGAAUUGUUCCAGUCCAUUAUGGAGCACAAUGUGUCCUACCCAAAGUCCUUGUCCAAAGAGGCUGUUUCCAUCUGCAAAGGGCUAAUGACUAAGCAUCCAUCCAAGCGUCUGGGCUGUGGCUUUGAAGGAGAGCGGGAUGUCAGAGAGCAUGCCUUCUUCAGACGUAUUGACUGGGAACGUCUUGAGAGCAAGGAGAUACAGCCACCUUUCAAGCCCAAAAUGUGUGGCAAAGGAGCUGAGAACUUCGACAAGUUCUUCACACGCACGCAGCCUCAGCUCACACCUCCUGACGAGCUGGUGAUCGCAAACAUUGACCAGGCCGAGUUUGCGGGCUUCUCCUUCAUAAACCCGCAGUUUGUACACCCGUCUCUCACCAACAGCGCAUGAGAAGGAUGGCCAAACGUCUCACCCGCUCCGUACUCAUCCGGCAAGGAUCUCCUCUCCUCACUGCCGUCCACUAAUACAAAGCAACAACGUAACAUGCGACCACCACUUGACAUUACAAAACUCGAUGUAUCGUUUCGAAUCACAAGAAGGCAUGCUGAUUUGUUUUCGAGAUUCUAGAUUAGCUUUGAUUUAGAGUUUGCUGCCACAAGACGUCAUUUCUUAUAGUUUACUCAUGAGCAUGUAUUGUGUACAAUGAUGUCCUUUUUAUUGAACGUUUACUCCAAAACUGGACACACUAAGACAUAACAGUGUUUGUAACUGCCAGUAAACGAUGUAAAGGAAUCCACAAUUUUGUGGCGGGGUGUCAAAGAAGCAAGAAUAUUUCAAAGGAGCGUUCAAAGCAUGGAUUUAUUCUGUAGGUGCAUGUACUGUAUGACUUAUUUCAGAAGCCUUCUCGUCCACACACACAAGCAUCUUGUCUGUGGUUCAUAAAUUCGUUUUUAAUGAAGAAUGAAGAAUAGCCCGAAGGUACCUCCUGCCUCGGGAAGGAAAGCUAUCGUAGCCAAAUAUUGAAGGCGAGGUGGUGCAGGCGUUGGAGAAAAAAAAGCACCUUUUGAUUCAAGGUUCCUGUAUCAUGUUUACAGCUUUCUGCCUGUUUAAUUUAUUUCUGUCUACAAGGUUUUAGUGUCAUUGGAUUUGUGAUUUUUUUUUCAAUUGCCAGAAGUAGCAACAAUGAAGUCCGAUUUUAAGACCGCAUGCAGUGGAGCCUGACAAAGAAAGAAGAGCUGGUCAUUAUGGCCGGGGAGUCGUUCCAAAUUACAAAGCCCGACGAAACUUCUAUUCGCUUCUUUUCCCUGCCGAUUGUACAAUGUUUUUAGAAUUCUUUGAACACAUUUAUCAACCGUUUGACUUUAACUCACAGGAUACAUUGACAUAUCUCACAUACCUUUAAUAUAAUUAUCAAAAGUUUACAAUGCAUCUAUAAAUCAUCCACAAGUACAAAACCCGCUAACAGAAGUCGACAAAUUGUCAUUAACUUUCUGUUUUUAGAAAAUAACAACAGUGGCAUUCCCCCUUUUCAUGCACCCCGUAACCUGAUAACAUGAGAAGCUGUCCACUGCAGUAACCGCUGUCCCUGAAAGGGUUAAUAUAAACGAGACCUGAAGUUUCUUGGAUACAGCACUAAAAAUCAGAUGUAAAGUUUCUGUUUUUUAUGCAUUAUGUUGUGUUUUAGAAAACAAUCUUUCGUUCGAUUUGUCAAUAGUAGAAUAAUGUUUGUUUGUUGUUUUUCCCGAAGCUAUAAAUGUUUGAAUCAUCCUCAUCGUUGUCAUUCGAGAUGAUCCAGAACGCGUCUAAAUCAGUGUAGAACACCUUUGUAAAUAAUCCUUAUGGGGUAUUUCAAAAAAAUCUAGCACAUUUUUACAUCGAGAUCUAAAUGUGCUUUUCUUACAUUGUUGAGAGGAUGAGAAACUGCAGUUUAGCAGUGUAGCAUCUUUAUAACGAGAGCUCAAGUAACACUGCAAGUUGCACAUUUUGAUUGAUUGGAUGAACACGGCUUACCGUCGUGGGAUUUCAAGUUGUGUUGGACGAGCAAGCAUGUGGGAGCAUCGCUCAUGUGAGACAUUUCAUGCAGCUUGCCGCUGAAAUGUCAUCGUCGAUUUCAACCAAAAAGGAAUUCUCCCCUCCAAAUGCAAGCCCCUUUUUAAAGACUUUCAGUCAGCGAGAACAAUAGGAACAGGAUGCGCCCGUUGUGUCAUCUUAACUUUUCACUCUUCAUCUUUAUAUUCAGUAUUUAUAAUAUGUGUGUUGGAUUUGAAUAGCGUUUUUUUUUUUUUAGUUUUCAGGUGUUCGAUUGUGACUUUCGGCACACUUCCCCAUUGGCCAAGAGCCCGUAACAUAUCCCACCAGAAGUUGUUAUCAUGAGAAUUUAGUAGCAUUUAUUA